AUGUCCACAGCACCCGCAGACGGCCUCUCCCCCCAGAAGGAAAAGAGGACGGCGAGUGUUGCAGCGGAUGAGAAUAUGCCCGCUCAUCACUUUGGAUUUAGUUGUGUGAAGAAAGAAAGAAAAGAAAGAAAGAAAAGAAAAGAAGUUGAAGCCGAAAGAAAAAAGAGAGAGAAGAAAAAGGGAGGAGCGUCAAGUGGGUCACAUGAUUAUAUUAGUCAGAUGGAUGACUCAGCCAUCGCGUUUUUUGCUCCCGUUUUCUUCGCUCCUGGAGAUAUAGCCCUCUGUUCCCAAUUGAAUUACGCUGCUGAUAGAGAGGAUAUCGAGAUGUCUCUGCGGUGUGCCAGCGCCGCCAGGCGGUUUGCCGUCCCUCGUUCAUUCAUCAGACCCGCGCAGUUCGUGCGGUGGCAGAGCUCCACGGCCGGCAACCACAAUGAGAAACGCCGUCAGAAGCACUUCAUCAACCUCAUCCCGUCAGAGAACUUCACCAGCCAGGCAGUUCUCGAUGCCCUAGGCAGUGUUAUGCAGAGUUAUCGUGGCCUUUUCUUGUGUGUUGUUUUUGAUGACUGGUGGCCUGACCUCGGCACAGAUAAGUACUCGGAGGGUUACCCCGGAGCAAGAUACUACGGCGGCAACGAGUUUAUCGACCAGGCCGAACGCCUUUGCCAGGAACGAGCCCUUCAGACAUUCUCCCUGAACACCGAAGAAUGGGGUGUCAAUGUCCAGGCCCUCUCCGGCUCCCCGGCAAACCUCUGUGCCUACUCGGCCGUGCUCAAUGUCCACGACCGUCUCAUGGGCCUCGACCUCCCUCACGGUGGCCAUCUCUCGCACGGAUACCAGACUCCCACCAAGAAGAUCUCCGCCAUCUCAAAGUACUUCGAGACCGUCCCUUACCGCCUCGAUGAAUCCACCGGCCUCAUCGACUACGACAAACUCGCCGAGCUCGCCCUUGUCUACCGCCCCAAGCUGAUUGUCGCAGGAACCUCCGCCUACAGUAGACUAAUUGACUACCCUCGCAUGCGCCAGAUCGCAGACAGCGUCAAUGCCUACCUCCUCGCAGACAUGGCCCAUAUCUCAGGCCUGGUCGCCGCCUCCGUCAUCCCCUCCCCCUUCGCCCACGCCGACAUCGUAACCACCACUACCCACAAAUCCCUCCGCGGCCCCCGUGGCGCCAUGAUCUUCUUCCGCAAGGGCCUUCGCCGUACUGACUCCAAGGGCAACAAGGAGCUCUACGACCUCGAGAACCCCAUCAACGCCUCCGUCUUCCCAGGCCACCAGGGAGGUCCACACAACCACACCAUCACCGCCCUCGCCGUGGCUCUCAAGCAAGCCCAAUCCCCCGCCUUCAAAGAAUACCAGACCAACGUCCUCCGCAACGCCCAAGCUCUCGCCGCCAGACUCGGCAAUCCCACCUCCGCUGGCGGUCUAGGCUACAACAUCGUCUCCGGCGGCACAGACAACCACCUUGUUCUCGUCGACCUUAAGAACCGAGGCGUCGAUGGCGCUCGUGUCGAACGUGUUCUUGAGCUCUGCGGUGUCGCAAGUAACAAGAACACUGUGCCAGGAGACAAAUCCGCUCUUAAACCCGGCGGUCUCCGCAUGGGCACUCCCGCCAUGACAUCCCGCGGUUUUGCCGAGGAGGACUUUGCUCGUGUGGCCGAUAUCGUUGAUCGGGCCGUCACUAUUACCCAGAAGCUUGACAAGGCUGCUCGUGCUCAUGCCGAGGAGAACAAGCGUAAGAACCCCGGCAGUCUCAAGGCUUUCCAUGACUUCUUGGGCGAAGGUGAGGAGGUAUCGGAGAUUGUGCAGCUCAGGCAGGAAGUUGAGGACUGGGUCGGAACGUUCAGUCUGCCAUGGACCGAUGCCGAGUAA